AAUCAGAGUCAGAGUCAGAGUUGGAGUCUAGGCCGUUUCGAAGUGGCGUUUCAGUUGGAUGAGAAAUUUGGCAGUGCAAAUUCAUCAGCAAUUACUAGUCGUUGUUUUUGGGAACGAUUGAAAGGAUUUUUCAGAAAACCGUGUGAGCAGCCAUAUGCGUCUAUUAAACGCAUAUCAUUGGCCCCGUCUUUACCCAUCACAGGCUGCCUAUUUUCCCCUUCGGCACGCGGUGAUGGAUCGCGGAGACGAAUGCCAAGAGGAGUUAUGCGCGCCGCAGGAAAAUGGCCAUCGUUUACGUCCGUCGCUGUUGAGCUGCUCGUUCUGUGACAGUUGCGCCGUGGACGGCGACGAUUUCCCUGAGGACGCCAGCGAGGAGGUGGAGGGAGUGCAUGACCAUGUGAACAGCCAUACGGCGGAGAAUGGGGAUGCCGUGGAGGGCAGUGACGACGAGGAGAAGGACGACGAUGAGGGGGAUGUGGACUGGGAGGAGCCGCUGCUGACGGAGAACCCGCGCCGUUUCGUCAUCUUCCCCAUCCAGUACCCCGAUAUCUGGCAGAUGUACAAGAAGGCGGAGGCGUCCUUCUGGACGGCGGAGGAAGUGGAUUUAAGCAAGGACCACGAGGACUGGGCCAGUUUGAAGCCGGCCGAGCAGCACUUCGUCUCCUACGUGCUGGCCUUCUUCGCCGCCAGCGACGGCAUCGUCAACGAGAACCUGGUGGAGCGCUUCUCGCAGGAGGUGCAGAUUGCGGAGGCGCGCUGCUUCUACGGCUUCCAGAUCGCCAUGGAGAACGUGCACUCGGAGAUGUACAGUCUCCUCAUCGACACCUACAUCAAGGACCGCGCCGAACGGGACCGGCUGCUCAACGGAUUGACCACGCUGCCGAUCAUCGGGCGCAAAGCGGAGUGGGCGCUGCGCUGGAUCCAGGACCCGACGGCCUCCUUCGCCGAGCGCCUGGUGGCCUUCGCCGCCGUGGAGGGCAUCUUCUUCAGCGGCUCCUUCGCCGCCAUCUUCUGGCUGAAGAAGCGCGGACUGAUGCCCGGGCUGACCUACAGCAACGAGCUCAUCAGCCGCGACGAGGGUCUGCACUGCGACUUUGCCUGUCUGCUCUUCCAGCACGUCCGGCGCAAGCCCCGCCCGCGGCGCGUGCUGGCCAUCAUCCGGGCGGCGGUGCGCGUGGAGCAGGAGUUCCUGGCGGUGGCGCUGCCGGUGCACUUGAUCGGGAUGAACUGCCGGCUCAUGUGCCAGUACAUCCAGUUCGUCGCCGACCGCCUCCUCACCGAGCUCGGCGUCGACAAGUAUUACAACACGGCGAACCCCUUCGACUUCAUGGAGAACAUCUCGCUGGAGGGCAAGGCCAACUUCUUCGAGAAGCGCGUCGGCGAGUACCAGCGCAGCGGCGUCAUGGCCCGGCACGAGGACAACUUUGUCUUCACCACCGACGCCGAGUUUUGACCGGGAGUUUUGGAUGAAUCGGUGUGAUUUUUCUCGGUCUCUUGCCGGUGCGCUGCAACGGUGCCCACUGGACAGUGACAGAUUUGUGUUUUUUUAUCUCCUUCUUUGAUCUGUUUUAUUCUUGUUAGUUCCUUCCGUUUUGCGUCGACUUAGUGAAUGGAUAGGUUUAAGUUGAGUUAAUGGAAUUUACGAUAGACUGGCUAUAAAUAAUGAUCGCAGUAAGACGUACGAGGAAAGAAAUAACAAAAUAAAAAAAACUA